AUGGAAGCUCCGAGGAAGUAUGCAGACCUGAAAGGAGACGUGACAACCCUCCUGGAAGACACAGGGAGAUUUUUGGGACGUCUUGUUGAGGCACCAAAGACGGAUGGCGGUCACCAGCUCCUCCUGGAUACGAAGCUCAGUGAUUUCUUUGCAAAGUACACUGAUUUGAAGAGGCGAAAAGAGGGAGGCCUGAGCUGCGCCGUACUUGCUCUCACAAAGUCAGGGAAGUCCACACUCUUGAACGCUCUUCUUGGAGCAGUGGUUCUGCCGAGCUCCAAUGUACCAGAGACUGCUCGCAUCACACGCAUCACCCACACCAUCCUGGAAGAAGGAAAGCCCCCCCAGCUGAGCUACACCACUGCUCAGGGAGAGCUGCGCACAAUUGUGGGCGAAUAUGCCAUUCGUGAGCACCUGCGCUACCUGAAUAGGGAAGUGCGCACCCGCAAUCACACGUCUAGCGACGAGGCCUUUUUGGACGUGCAUGUGCCCAUCGCUGCCCUGGAGGAUUCUGAGGUGGAUCCAGAUGCGGUCUCGCUGCAACUACUGGACACCCCGGGACCCAACGAGGCCGGGGAGGAGUCCCUCAAGUUCCAGGUGGAGCGCCUGCUGGACAGCGUUGAUGCUGUCAUCUACAUCCUUGACUACACCAAGCUGAAGACGCAAGAGGAAGCAGACCUUCUGACGAAACUCAAGGACAUCAAUCCUCAGCUGGUGGCGAGGCUUUCGCAGCGCCUUUUCUUUGUGGUCAACAAGGUGGACCUCAUGCACACCAGUGAGGGCCUGGAACCGGAGGAGAUCAAGGAGUAUGUGGCUGACCUGGUCACAAAGCAGCUGGCCUCUGAGGGCUUCCGACUUUCCUCGGACCAGGUUCUGCUGCUGUCUGCGCAAGAUGCCAUGCUGUCGCGUCUGAUACUGCGCAACAAGGCGGGCAGCGAGGAGCGGAUGCGCUUUGGCAAGCUGGCAUUCGGGAGCCGCAGGGCACAGAGCACCCCUGCUGAGGAGUACGUGGCAGCUGCCAAGGAAAUGCUGGCAGAGUCUGGCCUGGAGCAGCUGGAGAGCAAGGUGCUCGGCUUCCUGUACAGCCACAGCGGCAGCCUCAAGCUCCUCUCUGUCCUGGAUGACACCUCCCGCCUCCUGCACCAGGUGCGCAAUGUGGCCACGGCCACGAAUGCAGCGCUGCAGCAGGACGUGCAGACGCUGCAGGAGGAGGCCGAGAAGCUGCAGAAUGAGCUUGAGGAUGUCCUGACGCAAUUUGACAGCGUCCAGCAGGAGGCUGACCACAUCGAGCAGGAAGUUGUGGACGAGGUGCGGGGAAAGAUGCAGGCGUUAAAGGAGGAUUUAUUUGAGAAAGUCAAGAUAGUGCUGGACUCCACCCCCUCCUCUGGUGCGCGGCCUGCUCUGAGGGACGCCCUGGCCGGCCGCUGGCACGCCGCCUUUGACAAGGCUGCCCGUUUCUGGGCGCGCGCCGCUGCUCAGGGCUCUGCCGCCCGGGACGAGCUCACCCUGCCCCUGCACGACCUGCACAAUGACAUCCAUGCCACCAUCGAUGCCGAGGUGCGCGACUUCUGGCAUGCGCUGGAGGCGGCCACGAAUGAGCGGCAGCAGGCGAUGUUCCGGCUGCUGAACCGCCACCUGAAGCGCCUGACGCAGCGCGUGGAGGUUGCCGUGGGGGAGGCCCUGGAGGUGCAGUUGGAGCCUGCCGCCCUCCACCUGGACCCCCCCACGGCCCAGCAGUUCCACUCCGACCUGCAGGACCUCUUCGACACAGCGAUUGAGCCGCGCGAGGUAGAGCGCACGAGGGAGGGGCAGGAGGAGUUUGUGGUGUGGGAGAAGCGCCGCCGCCGAAUUGGGCUGUGCCGCUUCAGCGAGUACUACGUGGGCCGCCCAACCUCCCGCACCACCACCGAGUCGUACAAGGAGACCGUCUUCGAACUGAAACCGGAUCAGAUCAUGGACUACUUCAUGAAGCUGGUGGACGACACGGUUGAGACGUCUGUGAAGCACGUGCGCGCAUUCGUGCACCAGUACCUGGCCGCCCGCCUGGUGGAGGCGCGCAGCCAGAUUGUGGAGUACGGCCAGCGCUACACGGAUGCCAUGCUCAACGCCCUGGACACCUCCAAGAAGGGUGAGGAGGCGCGGCAGGCAGGGCUGGCCACAGUGCAGCGGCACCUGGCCACGCUGAAUGCGCUGCUGGACACCUGCGCUGCCAUGCAGCACCGCACCUCCAUGCUGCUGCCCGGCGCCGCCCCCGAGUCUGAGGCCCACGCCUGGGACGCCCAGUCAAUCAUCGCCGAGUCCGUCGACGGCAUGGUGGAGGAUGUGCACUACGAGGAUGCCGCCGAGGAGUUCUCUCACUCACCCGAGUCGUCUCUGCCCAUGGACGGCCCUGUGCUGGAUCUGGCGGACCGCUCUCCAUCCAAGAACACCGAAACGGCUUUUGAGGACGUGACAGCAGCCGAGCCGGUCAAGGGCGCGCCCAUUGCGCAGCUGCAGGUUGGUCCCACGCCGCCCAAGAGCGAGGCUUCCGAGGGCCGGCCCCAAGUCGAGUAUGCUGCAUGGCGCCAGCUGCAGCUGAAUGCAGCCCAGGUAAAGGCGCCAGCACGCAAGCGCUCAAACUUCCCAAGCCAAGCGGACGGUGACUUCCUGGUCGCUGCUGCCACAGAGGACAUUGCCCCUCCGGCGCCAGAGCAGGUCUCCUCAGAGAAGAAAGCGGACGGAGCUCACCAAGACAUCCUGAGCGCCAUCUAUGGCAAUGCUUCUGAUAAGCAGAAGGGCGUCAGUGCCAAAGAGGCUGCUGCUGCAAACCUCGACAAGGUCAUCAAUGGACCGCAGUCUGCUGCUAUGGCAGCCCAGACUGCUGCGGCAUCCCUGUCGGGCUAUGUGGACUUUGCCAAGUGGGGCAUGGAUGGGAAUGACUUCACCGACUCUGAUGAGGAUGACUUCCUGUGCUCCUGUGGCAAGGUGCACCCGCCAACCUUCCACCAGGAGUAUCGCCGUGCGGCUGACAAAGAAGCACCUGUGGCUCCUGCUGAGGAUGGAAUGCCCUCACAGGCUGAUGCCGUGAAGACUGACAGCAUCCUGACCACUGCGGAGGUGCCUUCUGAGGGGCCGGAGCCAGAUCUGCUGGACAGCCUCAUCCGCCGCUGCAACACCGAGGAUGACUCUGGGCAGGACGCUGGUCACUUCAACACCCCUGCCACCGUCGAGGGUGAUGGCAAGGCGGUGGGCGAGACGCUGUCUUCUGGGCAGCUUGAUCUGAACAAGGCAUUUGAGGAGUGGGUGCAGGCUGGCAGCGAAGCCCUGUCCGUCAACGAGGCAGAGACUGCUGAUGAGGCGGCUGUCCUGCCUGCAAGCUAUGUGACGAGCGAGGAGCAUGCAGAGGAUCACUCUCCAGCAACUGCUCUGGACCACACCCUCAAUGGCUCUGAUGACUGGACCCUGGUGGAGGAUGAGGAGGCCCAAGAAGCUCUGCCCUCCAAGCCGUAAAUACCUGCUGCUACAUUUCUUGUUCUGGCCUCAGAGCUGGGACAAAGCAGUUUUGACGCGGGGCUUGAAUAAUGCUGAUAAGCAGCAAUGUAUGUAUUCUCGAUGCAAGGCCAAUGUACAUUUCUAGACCAUGCAAGCUCUUCUAAAAUGAAGAGGUUGCUGAGGCUUGUGCCAAUUUUGCUCAUAGACUUUUGUCAUGUGUAGUGAGGGGACUCUCCUGUCCUACUCUAGAAAGUGUACACUACCCAAAAGCACCAUCUUCUUGCGCUGCUCUGGACCAUUAGGAUGAGUGAAAAAUUUCCUGGGGGUCUACAGUACAUAUAUGGGACAAAAGAUGAGAUUUCUUGAAUGAAGCGUACUGCACAUUUUCCCCCUAAGAUUGCUUGAUAUUCCAUUUUCAAGUAGAGCCUUAUGCAUGGAGGAGGAACAAUUAAUCUUGAUAUGUCUUGGCCUGUUUUUGAGUACUAGGAGCCUCCUACUGAAUAGUGCUAGCAACCUUCUCAACUCAUUUUAUUUGCAAUUGCCUAUCUCGUGCUCAGAUGCAACACCAUCUGAUCUUGCAAUUAUGAAGAUGUUAAUGUUGCCCUAUUUUUAG